CUGUGAAAAACCCCUGGUAAACACUUCACUCCAGCAUGUCUUCCUGCAGCUCAACUUAAUAUUUUGUCUGUCCCUGGCCGGUGAGUGACUGUAUGUCCCUGCAGCAGCCUUUAACCUCCAGCCAACAUGGACACAAACACUUUAAAGCUGCUGGUGAAGCUCACUCAGGAGGGACAGUUGAGCUCUCUGGAGGAACUGUUAACUUUAGGCGGCUCGGCGGCGGUUCAGACUGUCAGCAGCAAACACUUGGGUCGGUCCGGAGACACCCUGCUGCACUACGCCGCCAGACACGGACACCUGGACGUUGUGGAGUAUCUGGUAAAGCGGGUGGGCAUGGAUGUGGAGGUGUACAACAACGACUACAAGAGGCCGCUGCACGAAGCUGCGUCCAUGAGCCACCAGGCUUGUGUGAGCUAUCUGCUCCGGGAAGGAGCCAAGGUGGACAGUCUGAAGAAGGCUGACUGGACUCCCCUGAUGAUGGCCUGCACUCGGAGGAACCUCGACGUGAUCCAGGAGCUGCUGUGCCAUGGCGCAGACCCCGCGCUGAGAAACAAGGAUGGCUGGAACUCCUUCCACAUCGCCUGCAGGGAGGGAGACCCUCUGGUUGUACAGCACCUGCUGGUUGUCGCACCGGACAUCUGGAGGACGGACAGCAAGACGCGCAGGACGCCACUGCACACUUCAGCAAUGCACGGCUGUGAGGAGGUUGUUAAGAUCUUGCUGGAGAGAUGUGGCUACACCCCAGACAGCACUGACACCUGUGGAGUGACUCCCUUCAUGGAUGCCGUCAGGAACGGACACAUUUCUAUAGCCAGGCUGCUGUUAGAGAAGCACCAGGCGUCUCCAACAGCAGCUGACACAAUCGGGGCUCAGCCGGUGCACCAGGUUGCCGUCACCGGCCAGGAGGAGGCGCUGCGGUUCUUGGUGCGUGACCUAAAUGUAGACGUGAACCAGAGGGCGACUGACAUUCAGCUCACUGCCUUGCAUUAUGCUGCAAAGGAAGGCCACACGUCCACUAUAAAGACACUGCUGGAGUUGGGGGCAGAUCUUCAUGUCCGGGACAAAAAGGGAAGAACUGCUCUUCAUAUGGCCUGCAUCGGGCAGCAUGCAGACACAGCCAGGAUGCUCCUGCAGCUCGGACUCAAGGACGCAGAGGACGCAUCUGGCACAACAGCGCGGCAGCUCGCCAAAAAACCAGACGUAGUGCGAGUGUUUGAAUGUGGCUUACCACGCCCAUCGUAGUGACUUCAUAGACUGCAGCCACUACGUCAGUUUAGGUAGUGUAGAUUACAAUAAAGCUUUAUUUGUAUUGUUUUGUGUUGCGUAUUCUUGAGUGAAAGAAUCUUGUGUCUUGCCACGGAAACCCAGUACUGCAAAUAUAUAAAUAUUGCAAUACUCCAUCAGUGGGCCACAGGCUCAGUCACCAUUGUGUUACCUAAUGUGGCGCUAGAUAGUGAUUCUAACAGAUAUUUAUUUCAAUGAGUAUCUCUGAGAUUGCCACUCUCAGUCCCAUAGACUGAUGCUACUGACUUGCUUGCCUUGAACUGCAAUAACUUGAAAGUUCUGAACUUAUGGAGGCCAUAAUGGUCAGCCACUCUGCUGCAUGGGAAUAAGAAUCUUGUUUGGAGAAUGCUAUGCACUGAGGUUUAGACAUGAUUGGACGCGCCAAAGAUACGCUCCCCUGACUGUAGGAUAUUGUCUGAUUGUGUUUGGAUAUCAUCAAACUGCCACUGCAGUUGCUGGGAUGUCAGAUACAAAACAAAACAUCAGCUCUGAUAAUCCCAUAGUCUUGUUGGCUGGCUCAAGUAUAGUACUUAAUAUGAAGGUACUGUUACUGUACUGUAAAAACUGGUGUAUGCAUGUAAAUAUGUAUGAAAUAAAUACAUUGAAUGUU